UGCCGCGGAUUGGCCCGUGGCGGGACCCGUCGGUCGCGCUGCUGUUCUGGGAAGGAGAGAAAAUGGCGGCCGAGCCGAGCAAAACCGAGAUCCAGACGCUUUUUAAGAGGCUUCGCGCAAUUCCGACCAACAAGGCCUGCUUCGACUGUGGCGCCAAGAAUCCGAGUUGGGCCAGCAUCACGUACGGUGUUUUUCUGUGCAUUGACUGCUCCGGGGUGCAUCGCUCCCUGGGCGUCCAUCUCAGCUUCAUCAGGUCCACAGAGUUGGAUUCCAACUGGAGCUGGUUCCAGCUGCGGUGUAUGCAGGUCGGCGGGAAUGCCAAUGCGAUAGCUUUUUUCCGCCAACAUGGAUGCACAGCCAGUGAUGCCAACACCAAGUAUAAUAGUCGAGCUGCCCAGAUGUACCGAGAGAAGAUCCGGCAGCUGGGGAGCGCGGCCCUGGCUCGGCAUGGCACUGAUCUUUGGAUAGACAGUGUGAGUACUGCUCCCAGUCACUCCCCAGAGAAAAAGGAGUCCGAUUUCUUCUUGGAACAUACUCAACCCCCUGCCUGGAAUGUACCAGCCACCGACCCAUCAGAGACCCAGCAGCCAGCCCUGUCUGCAGAGAGCAGUGGUCUGGCACAGCCGGAGCAUGGCCCCAACAUGGACCUGCUUGGCACCUCACCCAAAGCCUCUCUGGAACCGAAAACCUCCCUCAUUGGCAAGAAGAAGCCAGCAGCAGUGAAGAAGGGGCUGGGUGCCAAGAAGGGCCUAGGGGCCCAGAAGGUGAGUAGCCAGAGUUUCAGCGAGAUUGAGCGGCAGGCCCAGGUGGCAGAGAAGCUCCGUGAACAGCAGGCGGCUGAUGCCAAGAAGCAGGCCGAGGAGUCCAUGGUUGCCUCCAUGCGUCUGGCCUACCAGGAGCUCCAGAUUGACCGUAAGAAGGAGGAGAAGAAGCUGCAGAACCUGGAAGGGAAGAAGCGAGAGCAGGCCGAGAGGUUGGGCAUGGGACUGGUGUCCCGAAGCUCCGUCUCCCACUCGGUGCUGUCCGAGAUGCAGGUGAUCGAGCAGGAAACCCCAGUGAGUGCCAAGGCCUCCCGCUCGCAGCUGGACUUACUUGACGACGUUGGUACCUUUGCCUCUGGGCCUCCAAAGUACAAGGACAACCCCUUCUCCUUGGGGGAGAGUUUCGGUUCCCGCUGGGAUACAGAUGCUUCCUGGGGUGUGGACAGGAUGGAUGAGAAGGAGCCGGAAGUGACCAUCUCCAGCAUUCGGCCCGUUUCAGAAAGAGUCACCAACCGGAGGGAGGUGGAGAGCCGGAGUUCAGGCCUGGAGUCGAGCGAAGCACGUCAGAAAUUUGCAGGAGCCAAAGCCAUCUCCUCUGACAUGUUCUUCGGGCGGGAGGUGGAUACUGAGUAUGAAGCCAGGUCCCGGCUCCAGCAGCUCUCGGGCAGCAGUGCCAUCAGCUCAUCAGACCUCUUCGGGGACGUGGAUGGUGCACACGGAGCAGGCAGCGUGUCCCUGGGGAAUGUGCUGCCUACGGCUGACAUCGCCCAGUUUAAGCAGGGUGUCAAGUCUGUGGCUGGGAAGAUGGCCGUGCUGGCCAAUGGUGUGAUGAAUUCUUUGCAGGAUCGCUAUGGUUCUUACUGACCCAGGCUCCGUAUCUCAGACUUUCGGUGGUGGCAGUAGCAGAAACCUCAUGAUUCCUCAGCCUGGGGUGCUUGCCUUGUGGAAACUGGGGAGGAAUUGUUACUUUAUGCCUGUGGUGUGAGUGGGGUGGCCUGUGAGGAGCUCAGGUGAGGAAGGGGCAGGAGCAGCCCUGACCUCCGCCUGGAGACCGGGUCCCUCACUCCCCUCCCUGCACACCCCCCGUGUGCUCCACUCAGCAGUCCUGCCCCCCACGCUGCUGCUCACUUGGCCUGCCACCCUGGGGGAGGGCAUUCCCUCAGGAUGGCUUACUCUGGCUCCAGGCCUUCCCUGAGGAGGGAGAGCGAAAAGUGUAAGGCUGUUUUGCCGGCUCUAGGAUCCUUCCAUGUAGUCGGUCCCCGGCUCUGGAACCAGCAGGGAGGUCUGGAAAGAGUUCUGCUGUGGAUCAGCCCCCAGGGAGGGAGGCUGUGGACAUGCUGCUGCUGCUCCUGUGGUCUCUUCCGGCACCGAGAGGGCAGGGCACGGGAAGGACCUCUGCCUGGGCCUUGCUAAGGGCUAGAAACUGGACCUGGUACCUAAAGCUUUCAUUUGGGAUCGGACUAGAGGCCCGAGUGACCUUCUGUCUUGCUGACCCUUUCUGCAGCGAUCGCUCGGAGGACUCCUCCUCCUCCUGGGUGUGUGCGAGUCCUCCCGUGCCAUCCGUGGUGGACUGCGGUCCCUCGGAGACUCUGUCCCUUCUUCCCCUGCUUGGUGGCCGUGGUGGGUCUGCUCUGCCCGGGGCUCCGCUCUGGAUGCUGUGAGCGUAGUGCUGGCCGAGGAAGCAGAGGAUGUGCGGGAUGGAAGCGGCUUUCCUUUGCACCAUCCUGGCCUCGGGACCCUGGGCAGCACCCCCACGGAGAGCUCGCGGCACCUAUGGAGUGGCAGGUCUCGGCCGUGGGCCAUGCACUGUGCCAUCCUUGGUGCCACCUGCCCCUGCCGCCAGCAGCCUGGGCCCCCCACCUGUGACAGGGGCUGGGCUCCCGAGCACCGCAGACCACUGUUCCCAACACCCCUCCCCCAAAGGGACGUGACUUCUUUCUGGACUGUUUGUAUUGAAACAAAGUGGUGUCGAAUAAAGCCUCGAUGGGGCCCUGGGCCUCUGGUGGUCUGA